AUGGCGAGUAAUUGGAAUGUUUGUGGUGUAUGCGAUUUCCGAAGCAUCAACAAAGCAUCAGUAGUGUGGUGUUCAGAAUGUGACGAGGGACUUUGUGGCGAGUGUAGAGAACACCAUGAUGCAUCAAAAUCAACAAUGAACCAUGGCAUUAUUUCCAUAACAGAAUACCAAAGGCUACCUUCAAAUGUGUUAGCGAUAACACAAACAUGUCAUAAACACAUAGAACAAUAUCAAACAUUCUGUAAGAAACAUGAUUGCCCGUGUUGUAGAAGAUGUGUGAUAGAGACGCAUAAUGAUUGUAAAGAUCUAACAGCAAUAGAUGACAUCGUCCAAAAUGUCAAGUCAUCGAACGCAAUUUUAGAGGUAGAGCAAACGCUGGUCCAAAUGUUGGAAACUGUACGCAGAAUUCGUAAUGACCGCUCGGAAAAUUUAAAAUGUAUUCAGGAUCAAAGAGUAAAGAUUGAACGUCAUAUAAAACAAACCCGGAAAAUGAUCAACGACCAUUUGGACAAAGUCCAAGAGAGUAUAAUGAAAGAAUUAUAUUCCAAAGAGGAAAAUGAAAGCAAGAGAAUUAAGCAGUUGUUGUCUGUGAUUGAGGACAUUGAAAAGGGGAUUUCUAACCUAAAGGUUAACCUAAAUACCAUCAAACUAAAUGCAUCCGAUUUACAAACAUUUUUAGCAUUAAAGCACAUUGAAAAAGAAGUUUCAGACAAAGAAGAAUGCAUUUAUUCCGCCCUUGAUGGCGAGGGAAGCAAGAAUAUAACUCUUUCUUUGCUUAUCAAUAAAGAAAACCGAAAUAUUUGCAGAGCUGCUUGUUUUGGGUCCAUCAGUGUUGAGUCAAAGUCGUGUAAAGUUGUUAUUGGCAGUAACAAAAGCAAACAGGCUCAGAUGAUCGUACCCAUUUCAUUUUCCAAAUGCAUUGAUGAUGUCAUUCUAAGCAAGAAACUGCAAAUAAAUUUGAAACCUGCCGGAUUUAUUAAAGGUUGUGCAAUUCUGCAAAAUGGGAAGAUGAUGUUAUGUGAUUAUAAUAAUGGAAAUUUAUUUGGGUCGAAAAGCAACGGUACGCAUGAGUUUGACAUUCGGCUAGAUACAUGCGCAUUUGAUUUUGCAUAUUUUGAAAAACUAAACGCCGUUUCCGUUACCGAUGGUUUUUAUGGAGAUGGUAUUCACUUUAUUAAUCCUUCUAGCAGGAGGAUCAAGAGAUCUAUACGAACUAGUGGUGAUUCAUAUGGGAUUGCUGUUAAUGGAAAUGCCUUGGUAUACUGCAAGUCAGGCACAGGAAUAAUGGAAAUUAAAUGGGAUGGUAAAUCAGAAAAGGCACUAGUUCAAUUUAAUAUGCCACACUAUUCGUAUGUUGCAGUGCAUGGUGACAAUAUUUAUUAUAUAAAUAAAGACAACCAUUCUGUAACAUGCUACAAUAUCCAUGGAAAUCCAAAAUGGGAAUUCAGGGAUGCACAAAAUUUGCGAUAUCCACAAGGUAUAUCUAUAGACAGCGAUGGAAACGUGUAUGUUGCCAGUAUGGAUACAAGCAGUUUGGUUAUCAUUACCCCUGAUGGAAAGCGUUGCAGAACGAUAUUGUCCUCUCGUGAUGGCCUAAGUAGACCACAUGCAUUGCAUUUCGAACCAACAAGUAACAAAUUGUUAGUUGCCAAUGAAAAGCAAGAUCGCAUUUCUAUUUGA